AAUCGGUGUGGUGCUUAUUGAGAGGCGGCAGCAACUGGCGUACACAGGAGGCUUGAGCAUCUUGUGGAUAGAGUGGGCGGUCAGGCCAUGAACUUGGGAGAUGGUUUAAAGCUUGAAACUGAAUUACUGGAUGGAAAAACCAAGCUAAUAUUGUCUCCAUAUGAACAUAAAUCAAAAAUUUCUGUGAAGAUGGGAAAUAAGACUAGGAUUGCAAAAUGUCCUUUAAGAAUGAAACAAACUGGACACAUUCUAAAAUCAACACAAAAUACUUAUAUCGAGAGUGAAAACCUUUUGCAAAAGAAGAUAGUUGGUUCAGAAACUUCACAGCCAAAAAGUGAAAAAGACAAAAUGACUUUUUCACCCACUAAGGAUUUAUGUAAGCAAUAUAUAAAUAAAGACUGUCUUCACGUUCCGAAGGAGAUUUCCCCUGCCACUUUUGAUAUACAGAAGGCUAGAAACACUAUAAGUGCAUCUCCAGGAGCUAAACAGAAGCCUCAUAACGAACACAUCACAGCUGGAAACACAGAGGGCAGUUUGGUGUGUCUAACACAAGACCAGUUACAACAGAUUUUAAUGACUGUAAACCAAGGAAAUAGAUCUUCUUCCCUGACUGAGAAUGGAACAAAGGAGGAAAAAAGUCAGUAUAAUCUACAUUUAAAUAAUAUUCCUAACCAACUGAAAGAUGAAAACAUGGGAUUACUCCAGAAACCUAAGGCUGUUUCAUCUUUCCCAGAUGAAAAUAAAUCUGUCUUAAAUAAAAAUCAGGAGAAGUCUACACAAUAUGAAGAGAAAAUUGCCGUAGAGAAUGAAUGGAAACCAGCUGAUAUAUUCAGUACUCUGGGGGAAAGGGAACAUGAUAGAAGCUUGUUGGAAGCAAAAAAAGCCCAGUGGAGAAAAGAGCUAGAUGAACAGGUUGCUUUGAAGAAGAAAGAAAAAGAAGCUUCUGAAAAAUGGAAUGAUCCUUGGAAAAAAUCUGAAAAUGAUAAAAUAACAUGGGAAAAACUUGAAAUUCUUGAACAAUCUAGGACUUCUGCUAGCUCCUCAAGCGUUCUAUCACAGUCUCCUAGUCAGGUUUCAGUGGGCCAGGCUGAUGGACAUUCACUACUUAGACCUAGUCAAAUUUUAGAGGAAGCAGUACUGAAGCACCCUUUCAGUACUGUGAAACAAGAACAGCAAAGAAAAUGGAUUGAAGAGUUGAAUAAGCAAGUAGAAGAUGACAGGCAAAGAAAAAUAGAGGAAAAAACUAUAUAUUCACAGGGUGAGGAACAUGACAGAUGGGCAAUGCAUUUUGAUUCAUUAAAGAGUUAUCCUGAUUCUCAGUCCUCUCAGUCAACACACAAACAACCAGAGUACUUCUGUGUCUCUCCGGACACUCAAGAGCUGGCAAAUAUCAGCAGUGUUUAUACACCUACACCUGGAAGCCAGGUUGAACCUUCAGAGGAGGAGCAUAUAGUAAAACCUGUUAGGGAUGUGGUUGUUGCAAACAAUCAGAGAACAAACUUUCUCCGUUCUAUGACUGCUCUCUUGGACCCAGCUCAGAUUGAGGAACGAGAUAGGCGGCGACAAAAACAGUUAGAACAUCAGAAAGCCAUCACUGCUCAAGUAGAAGAGAAGCGCAGGAAGAAGCAACAGGAAGAAGAGCAAAGAAAGAAGGAAGAACAAGAAGAGGAGCGUCGCUUAGCACGAGAACGAGAAAAGAUGCAGAAGCAGUAUGAAGAAGAUAUUCUUAAGCAAAAACAAAAGGAAGAAAUUAUGACUCUUAAGACAAAUGAGCUAUUCCAGACAAUGCAGCGAGCACAGGAACUGGCCCAGAGACUAAAACAAGAACAGAGAAUCCGAGAAUUGGCUCUCAAAGGACAUGACACCUCUAAAUUGAUUAAAAAUCUUGGCAUUGAUAAAAUACAAGUGGAAUAUAAUACAUCCACUAACAAUACUUCAGAUUCAAGACAUUACUCUGAUGUCAGUGGUGAAAUGAAUUCAUGUAUCAAUUCUGCGAUUUCUCCUAAGAAGGAUACUGGUGUACAAACAGAUGACCUAAAUACGGGAGUAUUCAUCAAUGCAGAAUCACAUGGUGGAUCAUUAAUAGAGAAGGAAAUUAUAAAUUGCUCAUCUCCCGGGAUAUCAGCAGAAUUUUGUGGGAAGUUUAAUACUAAGAAGAACAAGCAAGAACUAAGUCAGGAUAAAGGAGCCAACUUAGAAAAAGAAAACAGUUGGUAUAAUGAUCAGUGUAAUCAGUACACAAGAACAGAGAAACAAACAAAACACAUGAAGAAAUACCAUAAAAGGCCUGAUUGGAACAUAAAUAAGCCACUCAAAAGGUAUAUUCCUGCAUCAGAAAAGUACCCUAAACAACUUCAAAAGCAGAGAGAAGAAAAAAAAGUAAGAAGACAAAUGGAACUGCUUCAUUUGGUAGAAAGAAAUAAUCCUGGACACCUCUCUCGAGGCAUGUCACCAGAAGUUCUUUAUUCAUCUCAUCAGGAAACUGAGUCAAAGUACAGGUGGCAUCUAGUCAAAAAGGAGGAAGAGCCUCUGAAAAUUAACUUACCCAGCAAGGAAAGGUCUCAAUCAUCACCAAUUCCAGCAGUGAAAAACAGAACCCAACAAACUCAGGGUAAUACUUUACCCUUACCAGUAAAAAACAGUAGCAUUGACAGAGAGAAUCCAGUCUCAGGAGACAGUCAAACAGAACCAUCAUCCCAUUUUAUUCCCUAUGUACGAACAAAAGAAAUCUAUUACCUUGAUCCAGAUGCUCCAUUGUCUAGGCCUUCAACAGAUGACACUCAAUACCCAAACGUACAAGAUUGUGAUCAAGAACAACUGCAGCUAUUUGACUCUGACCAUGUCAGGGAUCCACUUCUUAAUCCUAACUUGGUGAAAAACAGAGAUAGACAGCAAGCAAUCCUUAAGGGACUUUCAGAACUGAGACAGGGCCUUCUCCAGAAGCAAAAGGAAUUGGAAACUAAUCUCAUGCCUUUAGCUGAAAAUCAAGAAGAGAAUUUUAGUUCUUCGUUUUAAAUGUAGAAAACCAAAUCCUUAACAAUUUGUGUCUUCCAAAUUAUAAAAUAUGUUUGUGGCUCAGCUGUAUUUCUUAAUUAGCCUAGAUUUUUUAAAUGCUCAUUAAAAACUUGUACAUUAUUUAUAAGUGCUAUACUUUAUACAAUAAAACAAUUUUUGUGAAAGUCUGUAUAAAAAAAUUUCUGCUCUGUCACAAUCUGGGUACGUAAGUGCUGUAAUACUUUCUACUUACCUUAUUAUAGUUUGGAGUUCCUGCCCUGUUAACAAUGCUCUUCCAUACUUUUAUGGAACUUACUGAUUGAAAUAUCACUCAUGCAUUCUGUUCUACCAGCAGUACUUUUGAGGUACCUUACAAAAAAUUCAUUGCAGACUUCUAGGGGGUUUAUGAUGCUAAUUUUUAAAAAACAGUAAUAGGCAGUUGUUAAGAUUUCCACUCUAUCUAGUAUCUAGUUAGAGCACUAAUGUGCUUAAUAAACUACUACUAAGACCACCAAUUUUAAAAUUUUUUAAAUCUAAGUUUGUUCCACAUUGUCCACUUUGAUAGACAAAAACUGUCUUUUGAAAUGUGAUCCUUUCACAAGCACUGAAAAUUAUCAAAUACUCUGAAAAAGUUACCUGAAUUUUAGUGACAGGCAAUUUUUACUUGGCUAAGCCUAAAGAUAAAAAAUAAUGCUGCUUGAUAGGAAGUUCUAUAUACAUGGCUUACAUUAUCUAAAUGAAAGUAUACUGUUAGAUAAAUCUUGAGGUAUUGAGCCAAAAAUCCUAUAAAUAUUUAUUAACA